AGAUUAGCACAAAGGCGAGGAACUACUCUACCACUGAGCCAGGCUGAAGCUGAGGGACAAAAACUGUGAGUGUCUUCAAGGCCAUUUUAGAUCUUCCCAGUGGACAAGAUUCAAUUCCUGGCAUGGGUCCACGACAUUGGUGAGCCUAGGAAUAUUUAAUUCCACUUCUACAACAUCGUAUAUUGUCCACCUGCUUCAGGGCCUUGUGUUCUCGCUUCCUUCAGCUCAUGAUCCCGAUGGAGAGCAAUGCUAAGAGGGGAUUGGGAAACUUGAACGGCAUGGAGGAAUCACAAGCAGAGCCUGCAGGCUUAAAGAAGCUUGGCUCCUUACAGGGUUCAAAGGAGGAGGAAGCAAGGCGGCCGGUGGUACAGUGGACAGCAGCCGAAGUGUGUGCCUGGCUAAGAGGAAAAACCUUGGGAACUGCAGGCAGCCCACUGCUGGAGGCAGCCAAUAGCCAUGCCAUCUCUGGCAAGGCUCUCUUGCGCCUCUCCGAGGAAACCCUGGAGCGCAUGGGCAUCGCGCCAAAGAGCCUGCGGGAGGAGCUAUUGCAGGAGAUUCUCCUCCUGCGCAUCCAGCAAGAAAUGGAAGAUUUGCUGGACAUUUCAGAUGAAUAACCCAGGAAAACUAGCAGGUUAAAACCACAACAAGCAGCCAUCUUGAAGCAUCCUCUAGAAUUGGUUAUUGGUGUCAGCUGCAUCUCCAGUUGCAUUGUGGACCACUGAAUUGGAGAACGAAAACCAGCCAUUUGGGACUGGAACUCAAUUCUUCAUGUCCAGUGCAAGUUCUUUUGUGGAAAAGUAUGGACUUGGAAAAGGAGGCCUUUCUGUUAUUAUUACCCCAAAUGGAAAGACCUGCUGAGAGCUGUUGAAAAUGCACUUCCACACUGGGCUAUUCUGCAUCAAUGAAUUGGGGAAUUAAAUCCUUGGAGCAUGAUCCUUCCAGUCAUCUUAAGAACAAACCCAUUCACAUCAUCUAAUAUCAGAGACAGACAACCUGGUGCCUGCUAGAUAUUUUGGGCAACUCCCCAAUGCCUUGAUUGUUCCAUGUCUAGGCCUGAUGGAAACUGAAGUCCAAAAUAUCUGCAGAGAACCAGGCUUCCUAUUUAUUAAACAAUGGUAAUGCUCUGGAUUCAGGCAACCACAGCAUUUGUAAUUGCGUCAUAUUUAAUCCUUGUCUCUUUUCAGACUAAUAUUUAUAUCGUUGCUAGGAUAGGCAUUGUUUUUCCCCGCUCCAAGUUCUGCUCCAAAUAAAUUGGACAACCAUUUGUUUGGGAUGGUAUAAGAACUCGUGCCUUGAAUAGAGGGUUGGACUAGAAGACCUCCAAGGUCUUUUCAGUCACAUGAUUCUAUGAUUCUGUGAAAUUCCUUUCUGUUCCUUGGCCUCCUGAAAGUCAAAUCCCUCUCUUCCACCUCUUCCCGGCAACCUUUGGAAAGAACCUGUAGCUUUCCAGUUAGGAGAAAAAGUAUUGUAUCAGCAUUUAUUUUUCACUUCCACACAUUUUAAUACUCUCGCUAUUCUUACCUAGGCUUCCCCAAAAAAUGAAGCAGACUCCUUGUCCCAAUAAAAACCGCUUUUUAUUAUGUUAUUGUGAAUUCCUCUUAUUCACAUCCAGCAAAGUCUUUCAAGGGUGAACUUACAGUCAUAGACCUUAUCUGCCUUGGAG